AUGUCGUAUUUGGAACGCCUCUUCUCGCUACAGGGCCACCUCGCUCUUGUAACUGGCGGAACAAGAGGCAUAGGUCAGGCUAUGGCUCUUGCGUUAGCCGGGGCAGGAGCAGAUAUAAUUCUCAUUCAAAGGGACGAGAAAAACACCGAGACAAAAGUCAAGGUCGAAGCCUUGGGUCGGAAGGCAUUUAUUUACACUGCAGACCUGGCGUCUCAAUCAGAUGUUGAAGGACUUGCCAAACGCAUCCUGAGCGACAAGCAUGAUGUGGAUAUUCUGGUGACAUGUGCGGGGAUCCAGCGACGGCACCCAGCCCAUGUUUUCCCUAUGAGCGAUUGGGAUGAAGUACUUCAAGUAAAUCUACGGACAGUCUGGACCCUAUGCCGCGAUUUUGGGGCUUACAUGUUGACACGGAGUCCCGAUGCAACCGGCAGGCGCGGUGCCAUUAUUAAUGUGGCCUCCUUGGUUUCAUUCCAAGGCGGCUUGAAUGUUCCUGCCUAUGCCGCCGCGAAAGGAGGCAUCGCCCAACUGACCAAAUCUCUAUCUAACCAAUGGUCAGCAGAUGGCAUAAACGUGAAUGCGAUAGCACCGGGGUACAUCGCGACGGACAUGAACGAGGCUCUGAUCAAAGAUGAGAAGCGGGCCGCCAGUAUUCUGGAGCGUAUCCCUACAGGUCGGUGGGGAUCACCCGAGGACUUCGAAGGUGCUACAGUAUUCCUCGCUGGGUCGGCAUGUCGUUAUGUUAGCGGCGAAAUCCUUACUGUUGACGGAGGUUGGAUGGGACGAUAG